AUGCUGGGCUUCCUGGCACAUGGUGCUCCGGGGAGGCUGUGCGUGGGCCUUGCAUGUGUCCUGUCCCUUUGGAACACAGUGUCUGCUAUUAAAGGAGAAGCCAAGAAGGAAAAUGGGAUGAGCUUCCUACCUUCAACAGUGUCUGGAAAUGAAGUUAAGAAGGAAAAAGCUGGAGCUGUCCUCGGUGCAACAGAGCUGCCUGCGUGGUCGGUCGAUCUGUCAGCACUUAACCUGACACAGGUGGUGAACGGGAUGCUGAGCAGAGUUUUAAAAGAUAGCAAGAAAUUCUUCUCCCUGCUGAGCAUCACUUCCUAUAGCUCCUUCGCCUUCCACAAGUUUUCUGUGGCCAUUUACAACAUUUCCCACCUGAAGGCGGUGGACCCGGCCAUGUUCCCCACACGGCACUGCUACUGUGUGAACAAUCGGACCAAUGACCUGUCAGAUUUCACAGCCCUGCUGGUGGACUUCACUGGAAACUCUACCAGCUACCUCACAGAGAUUUUUAAGUCCACCUCCAUCCUCUCAGUGAGCCAGACGGAUGAAUCCGACUGUAUCUUCAUCUGUGUGAUGACAGGAAAGUCGGGAAGGAACCUUUCUGACUUCUGGGAGGUGGUGGAGGAGUCUCCGGUUAUCAAUUACACAUUCACCAGCAGCCUGUCUGGCGUCCUGGGUGCAGCUACCAGGGAGACAGCUGUGGCUUCCAAGCUCACGCCCACAAGCCAGCAAACAGUGCCAAUGACAAGUCCUCUACACACAGCCCGGAGCACCAGCAGGUCUGCUCUGGGAACCUCUCCCAGCACAGAGACCACGCAUCCUUCCGAGGGGGAGCGCACCGUGAACACAGACAGGCUGCCUGAGCUUCUCGCCAAGGCCAAGGCCACGGUCACACUGGGGAGUGUCUCUCCCACCCUCCCAGUGACCUCACCUGCAGAGGCCCAGGGGACCGAGUGGACCAAGCAGACUGGGGCCUCAGGGGGCCUUCCAGAGCCUCCUGCUAGGACGCAGGGCAGCCCGCCCCGGAGCAGCCCAGCCUCAGGGACAUUCACCCCUGGCACACAGACGUCAAGUCCGACCAAGGCCCCAGCCCCCAGGUACCCACAGACAGGUGAUCUCUCUUGGCCAUUUAUCCCUGGAGAAGAGCCAGCCCUGCUCCCUGGACCCCACCAAGUUCAAGUUUCAAGGUGUCCUCGGCAGCUCCUCAGAGAGGGGGCCAUCACAGCUGCCCCUGUCAACCCGGCCAUCCAGAAGCUCCACCCGUGCCUGAUGGAGCUGUGUCGAUUUUUCCAGCAGUGCCUCUGCGUGAGCCAGAGGAGGGACCCCAGGGUGCAGGCCGUGAGGUACUGUCUUGAAUACUAUUCCUGGUUUCUGAGGAAUGCAACAUACAUCUGUCGGAAGGCGAAAAGGGUGUCCCACUCACACACCUUAAAACAAAAAUGCCUGGAGAAUAUCUGCAAGUCUGUGUGA